AUGGCUGAUGCAGCUGCCGAUGUGACAGAUUCUAUUCUUUAUGGAGUAGAAGUAGCUUCUCACGCUGUUGAGGCAAUUGAUUCAGAAAAAGAAGAUAAAAUUUUAAAGGAAGACAUCGAAGAACUUUUAAAGUUUCAAACAGCUUUGGCGGAAAGUAUCGCUGACGUGGGUGAGAAAAUGACUAGUGUAGACGAAAAAAUCGUUGGAGCUAACGACAAAGUGGAAUUGGUUAUCGAGAAAGUCAGUGAGAUGCAAAACACUAUCGAGAAAGUCAGUGAAAUGCAAAUCACUAUGCAAAAUUUGAUGAAUAAUCAAAAGAAUGAAAAAAGCAAUCAAGACAAAAUUGAUAUUAUAUUUAAUGAAUCCCUACUUCCAUUCGAAUAUUAUGAAGAGGCUGAUGAACCACCUCGAAGUGAUAGAUUAAGAAAAUUUAUUCAUGGUCAUCGAGAACCCUUUACAUCCGGUAACAUUAUUCCAGAACAAUAUAAAUCUCUCGUAAAUAGAGCUGUCGAUCAAAAUCCAGGUCGAAGACCUAUCUUCUCAAAAAUGUUGACAGAUCUUAAAGAUAUCUUUAAUAAUUAUACUCAACAUCCCAUAAGCCGUUCCGGUUCUUUAAAUAACGGUAGACCUCCUUUACCUCCUCCCGUCCGAAAAUUGACUGUCCACACGAUUGCGGCAGCAGAUGAAGAUUGUGCUAUUGAUUUCAAUAGUAUUAAUUCGAUGAGCCUUGAAAAGGCAAUUGACGAACACAAAAAAAACAGUACGGAUAAAAAUUCUCUAUUAAAUUUAAAUCAAGAAUAUUUGAAAGUUAGUCUAUGA